CCACCACGGAGGCACCGCACAGGUACUCCAGAUGAAUAUAAACUCUGGUUGCGAAUGGUUCGGUGGUCGUGGUGGUUUUUCACGAAGAAUCAGAGCUCGAGUUGUUUUUCUGAGAAAACAAAAACAGUUUUUGUAUACAAAAUCCUGACUGUGUGCUUCGUGUGGUAUAUGACAAGAUAUUUCCAACAAAAGUAUCUUUUCGGGUUGCAGUUGGUCUGGAAUGGAGGAGUGUAAGCACUCAAAGGAGUUUAUUUGCAGGACACUUGAAAUCGGUUAACCCUCCCGCUGUUGUUGCUGUUGUUAGUAUUUUUAAAUUACAAACCAGUGUCAGUUGAGAGAGUGAUAAAGUGUUGUUGUGGGGUAAACAAACAAAAUUUAAAAAAAAAAAUAAUGCGGGUUGUUUGAUCGAUGACAUGACCAACCUUGGAUUUGAUUCGUUUUCGUCGUAUUCGGAAUUGGAAUUGGAAUUUGAAUCAGAGUCGCGGUCGUAUAGUUGUUUAUCGCCCCUCUUGAUAUUAUAGUCUUCAAUGUUGUGUCUGACUGCGUCUGGUUUGGGUUCUUGAGUCAAGGCUAUAAAAUCACUUUAGUAUGAUAAUAAUUUUAAUAUUAUGUGCAUUUACAGUUAUUUAAAAUUUUAAUUUAUUUACUAAUUGGAAUUUAUGCAUUUGUUCAGUUACUUUAUUAAGUGUUAAGUGAAUAAAUAAAAAAAAAUAACAAAAACGUGAUUGGUUGCGAAGAAGGAUUUUUAUGGAUUAAAAUUGAACACUCUUUAGAUAAGAAUAACAUGAAACGAAGAAAACUCUCCUCCCCUCGUUGUUGGGAGCUACAGGCCUCUCUCGGCCUCAUUACCUUCACAUUCCUCAAUUUGGUCAUAAUAAGUACAGAUCGGGCAGACAGUGCUAUUGUCCCUCCACCAUGGAGUGACCCACAGAAAAACCCUUGCGCCACAAUGCCUGGCGGUUGGCAGCUACUUUAUUGGCCGCCUUUGAAGAAAUGUUUUAAAAUAUUUCAAGUUGGCUUUCCAUGUCCAGAAACUAUGGAAUUGAGUCCGGCAGCAAGUUCAAAAUACACCUCGAAAAAUGGUCCAGCCGCUGAAUGUCGCUGUCCUCCUGGAACGGCGUUAAGUGCCGAAACGAAUAAAUGUCAUUUGGUUUUCGAAAAAGGACCUUGCAAGUCUGGACAGUUUUUCAGUCCAAUGCCAGAAGGACAACAAACACAAAAGAAGACAGGAAACCGUUGGGGAAUGUGUAAACAACCAAGUCAGUGCCCCGCGGGUAUGUUGUUUUGGCCAAGAGAUGGAAAAUGCUAUUCAAUGUACACUAAAGGACCUUGUGCCAAGGGGAAACUUUUGAUCCAAGACGAACAUGGCUUGGCCCAGUGUAGGUGUGAUAGAGUUGGUGAACUUGGAGAAUAUUUCUACGAAACUGAUGAAACUUGCCACGAACAUUUCACCAAAGGGCCAUGUCCCAGUCCUGGGCACCUAUUUCUUCCGGGCGGAAGAUGUGAUUGCAUGCCAAAUCUACCUCAUUACCAUGAAACCAAUCGAAUGUGCUUCGAAUUAGGCUCUCCUGGACCAUGUCCACCGGGACAUAUAUUUAUUGUUCCUGACAAUAGAACCGAUAAUUUCAAACGGGCAAAAUGUCAGUGUAAGGAAGGCUACGUUCUAUGGAACGAUGGCAUAUGUUAUCGACUGUACACACGGGGACCAUGUGCCCCCAAUGAAUUCCUCCUGAAUGCGACAUCGUGUGUUCGAAAUUUUUGUGGAAAGAAUCGCUUGUAUUUCCCAGAAGAAAAAUCUUGCUAUCGAAUAGGUUCUCAGGGACCUUGUGAUCUUUAUCAAGUUGUGGUCUUUGAUUUCACUGCUAGACCUUCGAUAGAUGGUGUUUCGUACAACGGUAUGUGCGGUUGUUCCGGAGUCAUCAUGAAUUUGGACCAGCAAUGUACCCAUUCCAACACCGAUCCCGAUGCCAAUACAUGUGAAUCUUCACCGGGAAUGGUGGAAAUGGACGGAAAUUGCUACAAACUCUACAGUCGAGGUCCAUGUGGUCCAGGUCAAUGGCUAGAGCCUAUCAAAAGCUCACCGUACUCAUCAGAUGAAUAUAUUAUUGCACCAAUGACCAGUAAAGCAAAGUGUGUUUGCCGACCUGGAUAUACGAGUAACGAAACUCCGGACAAAGGUUUCACCGGAUGCAAUGCACCAACAGUUGGAUUGGCGAGGUAUUUAAAUCGACAAAAAUAUCAAUUUGGACCGAUAUCAAUUAUGACAGCGCCAGAGGCGUAGUAGUUAUUAUUAUAAGUGUUUUUAAGGGGUUGUCUAGAUACAUAAAUAUGUAUGUAUGUAUGUUGUAUAUGGGGACUUUUGUGUGUAAAAUGUAAAAUAUACCUCUUCUUCCAAAGACUGAUUUUGUGUUAGCUGUAGAAGUAUUGUAGAACUUUUAAAUUAUUAAAUUUUAGCAUGAAAAUAAAAAAUAAAACAAAUUAUCAAUUAUGUAGUUAAAAUUCUUAUAACAAUUUUUCAAUAAAAUUAAUGAUCAAAAAUUAA